GUUAAACCGUCGUUCCCCGUGCGGUCACACUGUCCUCAAAAACUACGGUCCGUGCGUCAACGUUAGCGAAAAAUGCAAAAUUAAAUAUGUUGUGAGUAGCGAGCGAUGCCAAAUCGAAUAUGUUUUCCACUGCAUACAGAAAAAUAAACAAAUACAAGAAGCAUAAAGUAUGCAGAAAAUUAAAUACAAAAGGAGCCACUAAGUGUUUCGUGUGAAAUCAAUUUGAUGACCGUUUCGUCGUCGUCGUCGUCGUCGUACAUACUUUUCCGUUUCAAUUACACUACAAUGAAUAUUUGUUGAAACUUCGUUGCAUUUACAGACUGGUGUUUAAAAACAACAACCACAACAACAACAAGAAGAAACGACAAACAACAACAGUCCUCAUACACACGGAAAAUCCGAAGAAAAAAUAAAAAUAUAUCUAUAUAUAUAAAUAGUAUCAUAUUUACAUUAACAAGAAGAAAAAAAGAAAGCCGAACAGACGUAAACGUAACUUUUAUAUUACAAAGCACCAGUAAAAAUAAAUUAACCAACUACACACGUUCCUUAAAAAACAAAUGUUUUCCAAACCGCAAACCAACUAAAAACGAAAUGCUUUUGAAAUUAGUUUAAGCUAACUAAAUAUUAACGUAAAACCAACAAACCGCAUAAAAAAACAACACAAAAAUCGCGUGAUUAAAUUAAAGAAAUUAAAAAAAAAAAAAACAGACCGAAAAUCGGCAGGGAACCAAAUAAAACACACGAUUAUAAACGCGAAAGAACUUCAAGUCGGCGUAUGAAAUCGAAACUACAUAUUUUUUGUAUAAAAUAGUGCUAGCAAAAACCAAACGAGAGGACUAAAAAACCGGAACAUCAUUUUGGAGAAUCUCGUCUGAACAAAAUUUAGUCCCGUGUCUCCGUAAAUUUACUAAAUGUUCUUGGAUCGUUCAAUGUGGUCUUCGUUCAUUUGUAACCAUCACUCUCAGCCUCCAAAUCACCGUAAUCUGGUCAAGGACUUAGCGUAGAGCCGUAAUUAGAAAUAGCAAUAGCCAAAGAGAGCCUGGAUCGUAAGCGGAAGGAGGAUAAAAAAUCUGCAGAGGGAGCAACGCCGAAGUACAAAUGCAUCAAACGAAACUGCAACUGAAACUGAAACAGAAUCUGUAACUUGGAACUCGGGUACAAAAAGCAAUUCCCUUGGAUGAGCAGCAGGCAGCUAGGAUACGUUGAAUUCAGCGGCAGUCACAUAACCAAUUAGAUAGGUGACAGCGGGUCCAGUGGAAGGGAGUGUCCAGGAGACCAUCCCACCAUCCAAAACAAAACAGCAUACAUUUUCUAUACGGUACGGCCUGUCGAGCGUAGUGGCAGCAGCACGCGAAAGCGUCCAUAAAUCUAGUUAGCAUGGAGUGCUGUUUAUCGGAGGAGGCCAAGGAACAAAAGCGCAUCAAUCAGGAAAUCGAGAAGCAGUUGCGUCGAGACAAGCGAGAUGCGCGCCGCGAGCUUAAACUGUUGCUACUGGGCACGGGCGAGUCCGGCAAGUCAACAUUCAUCAAACAGAUGCGUAUUAUCCACGGCAGUGGCUACUCGGACGAGGACAAGCGUGGGUACAUCAAGCUGGUUUUCCAGAACAUAUUCAUGGCCAUGCAGUCAAUGAUCAAGGCCAUGGACAUGCUGAAGAUUUCCUAUGGUCAGGGAGAGCAUAGCGAACUGGCCGAUUUGGUGAUGAGCAUCGAUUACGAGACCGUUACCACGUUCGAGGAUCCAUACUUGAAUGCCAUCAAAACGCUUUGGGACGAUGCUGGCAUCCAGGAGUGCUACGAUCGUCGUAGGGAAUAUCAGCUGACUGAUUCAGCCAAAUACUACUUGAGCGACAUAGCUCGAAUCGAACAGGCUGAUUACUUGCCAACCGAGCAGGACAUUCUGCGUGCUCGUGUGCCAACCACUGGCAUUCUUGAGUAUCCAUUCGAUUUGGAUGGCAUUGUGUUUAGGAUGGUGGACGUCGGCGGUCAGCGAUCCGAGAGAAGAAAGUGGAUUCAUUGUUUUGAGAAUGUGACAUCAAUUAUAUUUUUGGUAGCGCUAUCGGAAUACGAUCAAAUCUUGUUUGAAUCUGAUAAUGAGAAUCGAAUGGAGGAAUCUAAAGCUUUAUUUCGUACUAUAAUUACAUACCCAUGGUUCCAAAAUUCGUCAGUUAUUCUUUUCCUGAAUAAGAAGGACUUGUUGGAGGAGAAGAUAAUGUAUUCGCAUUUGGUAGACUAUUUUCCUGAAUACGAUGGUCCACAGCGAGAUGCAAUAGCGGCCCGAGAAUUCAUACUGCGAAUGUUUGUAGAUUUAAAUCCAGAUUCCGAAAAAAUUAUCUAUUCUCAUUUCACCUGUGCUACAGAUACGGAAAAUAUAAGGUUUGUGUUUGCAGCUGUUAAGGACACAAUUCUGCAAUCGAACCUUAAGGAAUAUAAUUUGGUCUAAACUGGAUUUGGAUCGAAAAACUAUUUUUGUGAUUUUUAUACAAACACACACAUACACAUUCAUAUAAUUCCUUUUUCGCAUAUUUACUAAAUAUAAAAGAAGAAUUGAUAAGCGAGCGAAUGUGGCCGAAAAUUUAGGCAUUAAUUAGACCCCCGAGAAAGUUUCUUACGUUUGUAACAUCAGGAACCGAAAACAAAAAAAAAUUGUAGCAUAAAUAGAAAUACUAAACUGAGAUGGUAAACCAGCAUCAAACCAACAAAUGAUGAAAAUUAUGUAUACAUUUUAAUUUCGUGAGAAAAAUAACACAAACAACAUCUGAUACACAGGAUGGCAGCAAGUAAUCAGGACAAUUUUUCUCGCUUUACACUACGAAUAUAUAUAUAUAUAUAUAUGGAAUUCGUAGGCAAAUAAUAAUUUAUAUUAUUGGAAUAUUUAUAGUCAUUUUUUUAAGUGUCGGACAAGGUUUUUUGGUUAACGGAAAACGAUUUUGUGUGAUUUGAAAACUGUUGUUUCGUCUGGGAAAACUCUGCCUGAAAGUCAAAAAGACAGUAACCAGCAUUGAUUGGCAGGCAAAAUGAACUGAGUUUCUGAUUAGAGUCGAAUAAAAAUCGUUAGUUUUUCGGACAUAAAACCGAUAAACUAUGAAUUUCCUUGAAAAUUGUAUACAAAAUAUACACACGUCCUUGGCUAACUGUUGUCAUCCUGUAAUAAUUGAAUAAAUUUAUUACUAUAGUAACUUUUGUAAUAAACAAAAACCGAAACAAAAAAUAUGAAACGUAAAUUUAAUCAAAAGCUUGAUAAGAAACAACAAACUGAAACAAUUUUGUCGUACUGAAGCAUAAUAAAGCAACAUUUUACUAAACAUAACUACAGAAUAAAAAAACAAAGAAAACAAAAUUUUGCGUAAAGAAUCCCCCGGAAUAUAUAUAUUCAAAGAAUUAUAUAUGCUAGAAGUUUCUUAUUAGAAUUUCAGGGCAUAUAAGGCGUGUAAAAAUAAUAACAAUAAACAGAAAACAGAAAACAGAAAGCAGAAAGCCGAUAUAAAAUGAAUGAAAACGAAAUCACAGAUAAUACUGUAUUUUUUAUUAAGCUAAACCGUAAAUAUUGAUACUAUUGUUUACCGGCAUAUUUAACUAUACACAUGCAAACAGAUAAUAUAAAAAAUAAUUCAUAAACGCAUAUGUAACAAUUGAAAAAGCAAAAACACAAAAAAUUUAAUUAAUUUGCAUUUGCGGGAGUCCCAUUCAUUGUAAAUUACGAUUCGUAUUAAAAAAUUGAGAAGAAAAGAAGAGUUAAGAAAAUGAAUCUGUAAGAGAAACGCCAUUUACAUGGAACAUCCAUUGAAAUAAUAAUAAUAGUGUAAAACAGAAACGUGUUUGUAAAGAAAGAGAAUGUCGAUAACCACCCAUGCAACAACAG